GUAUUUGUGUAGAUAGCAAAAAAAAUGAGUAUUAAAAAGCUUAACAAGAUUUUAUUGUUUUUUGUAUAGUACCAAUGAAGGUGUAUAUGAUCGAAUUAGUUUUUUUGUAUUUGGGAUCUUUAGAAGCGUAUAUUGUGGUUGUGAGAAUCGAAGAACAUGAAAUUGUGGUUAAGGGUUCGAGGAGGGUUCUGUUUCUCGUUCUUGACGAGUUCAGUUUCAUCCCUAGUCGUCCAUUUCUCAGUCCCAACUCCCAACUCAAGCUUUGGUUUCUGUUCCUAAUGGUACAACAAUGCCUUUUUUCUGUUAUCAAUAUUGCAAAGCGAAAAUAGAAAUCCAACACUUUAUUUUUUUUGAAACUUUGAUAAUCAACACUAAUUUUGGUAUAUAAAUAAGACUAUCCCUCAAUGUAUAAUAUUUUAAAAUGAAUUUUAGUAAUUUCGUGUAGUCUCUAAAUAUAACUUAGUUAGAUAAUUAAAUUUAAAUAUUAAAAAGGAAUGAAGGCAAUUAAAAAACAAACGUUUUACAAUUUCUCAAGAGUAUAACUUCUCGGGAUUGUCUUUUAUACCAUUUUUCAUUUUAAGUUUAAAAUAUUCUUUCAGAAUAUUCUACUACAGGUGUUCGAAGUGUACACUUUUUUUUGUAACACUAUUCGAAGUGUACACUAUAAUCUGUAUUUUGGGCCAAAGUAUGGUCCAAUGUUUACUAACUUUUAUUAACAACUAUCCAAAGUUGCCGCCAGUUGGUGCUGCACUAAUCAAGAUUCAAGACUCAAGUGCUUCAUAACUUUUAUUUUUGUAUAUACUAGUUUUCAUUUUCUCUGAAAAAUGUAAUGGAGUAAUAUAUGAAUCGAUGUGCAAAAAGUUUUAAAUUUUUACGUGUAGUACUAAGUCAGGAUAAUCAGAGUUGCGUCUUUUUCGGUGUCUGACGAUUCUGAGAUAUGUCACGGACAAAUAACCUAUACACGCUAGGAAUCUCUAGCACAUCCCUACACUUCUAUUCAAAUACAGUACCAAUUAUUUUCUUCUAGUACACAUACCUUCAAUAAAAAAACAAUUUCUUUUAGUUAUAAAUUGAUUUUUUUUUAGUAACAGAACUGUUGAAACUCCCAAGUCGAGACACUUUUUUUUAACACAAGUCAAGACAAUUUCUAGAGGAAAAAAAAAGGCUUAAAAUUUAGUCGAAAUAGUGAAACCGUUCUUACUAAACAUUAACAAAUUAUUGACUUAUUAUAUUUAUACAAUAUAUUUUAUUUUUAGCUUAAAUAUAAAACUACUUUGGUGAAUUAUCAAAAUUAGAUAUACAAAACAAACAAAAUUAGAUAAAUUUGUGGAUUAUACUAAUAUUAUUAUUUAAUUUAGCAUAUUUAGAAUAAUUUAAAUUGAUCUCAACUGAUUUUAACCGACUAAAAACAAUUUAAACUUAUUUGAAUUGUAUAAAUUGGAUUAAAAAAAUGUUUCAGAUAUGAUCGAAUUACCAUCUAAACAGAUUUUUAGAACCACGAUCAUAUCUCAAUAACCAAUUGCAUUAAGAAUUUGAAAAUUUUAUUUCAGAAGGCAAUUUUAUUUACUAAAUCAAAUUUGUGAGGACAAAAGAAAUUUACAUGGAUUUCGUGAGUGGAUUUAGAACAAAAUGGAAAAAAACAAAGAAAAAGGAAAGUCCGUGAGACUUGGAUACCAAGUAAAUAAAAAGGGUAGAGAAACAUAACCUAUCAGGAGUUGAUUUUAGAUAUCUCUCUUUAUAUAUAAGAAGAUCACAGUCUUAACGAUUUUCCCAAUUUCUCUUUAUAUAAACUGGUUUAUUUAGUCAUCUCUAAACGGCGUGUUAUGUGAUUAAACCAGAUAAAAUAGACCAUAACCAAAAAUCAACAUUGAAUUUGAAAAUUGUAUCUCAGAAGAUUAUAUUAACUUAAUAAAAUUUUGAAAAGAAAAAAAGAUAGAGAUAAAUGUUGAAGAAAAUGGAAAAUCCUAUAACGGUUAGAAACAGAACACAAAGAAAAGGAAAGUCUGAAGAGGCUUGAGUAUCAAGUAAGUAAACGUGUGCUAGAGAAACAAACCCAAACCUAACAGGAGUUGGUUUACGAUACUCUCUCUUUAUAUACAAACAAGUAAGGUCACACUUUCUAACAAUACAAAUCAUUCUCUCCACUUUCGUUGCUUCCAAACCCUAUUUUAUCAGUCGAGAACGAGAGAUAAGGAUGGAGAAACAAGAGUUCUUAGAACUGUUUGAGGCAGCAACUAAAGCGGCAAAAUCUGCUGCGAGAGGAGACGGUAAGAGUUCUUCUCCAGCGGUCUCUAGGUGCGUGGAGGCCAUGGUUCGUUUGAAGGAAGCUCCAGAGUCACUUGCUUGCGAGUUGGUCGUCGAUCGCAAAUACCCUCAAAUUGGAAAGAGUCACGGCCUUUUCACGGAGCACAAAAACCCUAGAAUCCAGUCCGAGGGAAAGAUUCUUUACUCUCUUUGGCUCAGAUUUCUCUACGCAACGGGGAGGAAACAUAGCUCACGACCUCGUGAUCGGACGGUUGUGAAGAAGGAGAAGAAGCUUGUGGAGGAGGAGAUGGUUUCGAGGACGACGGGGGAUUCUAACAGGGACAAAGUGCGUGAGAUUCUUCACAAGUCCUUGUCUAAAGUGGCUAACGAGGUUGUUGUAGGGAUGAAGGAAGGAGUGGUUUCUUGCGAUUCUUGGAGUGUGGCCGCGUCCGUUGAAUCUGCAAUGUUUGAGAAACUAGGUUCUUUUGAAGGGACUCAAAAAAUAAAGUACAGAUCCAUUCUUUUCAACAUGGGAAAUAGCAGCAACCCAGACCUGAGAAGGAAAGUACUACUCGGCGAGAUCAGUGGAGAGAGGCUGGUGACGAUGGAGAAAGAAGAGAUGGCUAGCAACAAGAUUCAGUUGGAAGUUCAAAAAAUCAAAGAGAAAGCCAGAGAUAAGGAAGAGAAUCGAGUCAAGAGUAUGAUAUUGUUUCAGUCAGACAGUAUGAUCAUGACUUAAGCACAAAAUAUAGAUUCUCAGUUUAUUAAUUGUAUAGUAAUUAGUCUCUUGUCUUGGUGUUGUCUUCUGCGUUGCCAAGUUUAAUUUGCAACUCUUGUCUUGU